AUUGAUUCGACGACUUUGAAUCAAUUACAGUUAAGGUUACGUAUAUAUACGACUAUAAAUAGGAAAGCAAUUCAGUAUAUUUCAGAAUAAGUUCAUCAUAAAUUAGAAAAAGAAAAUACAUUGAAUUAGAAGAAGAGAUGGGCGUUAUGAAGAUAAUAGUGGCAACCAUGAUGAUGAUGAUCCUGUUGGUUGGAACCAUAAGAGAGACGAAAGCUACGACUGCAGCAUAUGCGGCAUGUGUGAAACGUUGCAAUAAACAGUGUGCGCCCAAACCUGGGGAUAGAAAUUGUGUCCCUAAUUGCAUCUUUUUUAACUGCGGUCCUCCUCUUCCAAGAAAUGUUCGUCAUGCCAAGGUCAAGGGUGAAGGCUCCACAUAA